AUAUGGUUCUAUCAUCAGAAAACAAUAUGGUGUUUAUAGCCUAGAUACGUAGGUAACCUCUCCAGAGAUGUGACGGAAGUCCUUAUACUUCAGUUAUUCAGUCAGAUUGGACCCUGUAAAAGCUGUAAAAUGAUAACAGAGCAACCCGAUAGCAGAAGGGUCAACUCUUCUGUUGGAUUUUCUGUUUUGCAGCAUACAAGCAAUGACCCAUAUUGCUUUGUGGAAUUUUAUGAACACAGAGAUGCAGCUGCUGCAUUAGCUGCUAUGAAUGGGAGAAAAAUUUUGGGAAAGGAGGUCAAAGUAAACUGGGCAACAACACCAAGUAGCCAGAAAAAAGAUACUUCCAAUCACUUCCAUGUGUUUGUUGGGGAUUUGAGUCCAGAAAUUACAACAGAAGAUAUCAAAUCAGCAUUUGCCCCUUUUGGUAAAAUAUCGGAUGCCCGAGUAGUUAAAGACAUGGCAACUGGAAAAUCCAAAGGCUAUGGUUUUGUAUCUUUUUAUAACAAACUGGAUGCAGAAAAUGCAAUUGUGCAUAUGGGAGGUCAGUGGUUGGGUGGUCGUCAGAUCAGAACCAACUGGGCCACACGUAAACCACCUGCACCUAAAAGUACACAAGAAAAUAACACUAAGCAGUUGAGAUUUGAAGAUGUAGUAAACCAGUCAAGUCCAAAAAAUUGUACUGUGUACUGUGGAGGAAUUGCCUCUGGGUUAACAGAUCAGCUUAUGAGACAGACUUUCUCACCAUUUGGACAAAUUAUGGAAAUAAGAGUUUUUCCAGAGAAAGGCUAUUCAUUUGUCAGAUUUUCAACCCAUGAAAGUGCAGCCCAUGCCAUUGUUUCGGUGAAUGGCACUACGAUUGAAGGACAUGUUGUUAAAUGCUAUUGGGGUAAAGAAUCUCCUGAUAUGACUAAAAACUUCCAACAGGUCGACUAUAGUCAGUGGGGGCAGUGGAGCCAGGUUUAUGGAAACCCACAACAGUAUGGACAGUAUAUGGCAAAUGGGUGGCAAGUACCGCCUUACGGAGUAUACGGGCAACCAUGGAACCAACAAGGAUUUGGAGUAGAUCAAUCACCUUCUGCUGCUUGGAUGGGUGGAUUUGGUGCUCAGCCUCCCCAAGGACAAGCUCCUCCCCCUGUAAUACCUCCUCCUAACCAAGCUGGAUAUGGUAUGGCAAGUUACCAAACACAGUGAGCUGGGACUCUAAACACAGUUGUAAUUCAUGAUAGCUUCAGUUUCCUGUGACACUCUGAAGACAUGAAAGUAGACAUCGGAAAAUGAAAAUAUUUAUUUUAAAAAUUGAAAUGUUUGGAACCUUUAGCACAGCUUUGCUUUGGUGAAGGACACAUGUCUUCUAGUUCUGCCUUUUUAAGUUUUUGUUCAUGAUGGAUAUGAACAUGAUUUUUCUUUGUGUACAAAAACUAAAAUAAAGUCAAUAAAGACAAUUCUGACUACAAAUUUUGAUAUAAUAGGAGAAAUGGGUAAUACGUUUUGAUUCUUAGAUACUACUCCAUUUUUAUCUUGCUGUUCAGUAUUUUAACUCACUGUGUUUUUAAAAGAGCAAAAAAAGGGAGGAUCGUGGAAAACUGGGAAUCACAUGUAAGUUCAUCCUGAACCUUGAUACUCCCCUCCCCUCCCCCGAGGUGGACCACAUUCGAAGUCAGCAGAAAAAAGUGUGAUACUGAGAAGAAAUUGCAUGAUUUUGGAGUCGCUUUGGAGAAAAUGCUUAUUUUAUGCCUAAAGAAACUGAAGCCAGACUGAUAAAGAAAUUUUACAAACUAAAUAAGGAACAACAUUAUCUGAGUUACUUGAGCGAAUGUUGGUGGUCCACAUUAAGACAUGUUUUUUAAAACUUUAAAAAGUGUUGAUUAUUAAAACUGUAGUAAAUUACAUUUCAUUUUGGGGGGAAAUUCCAAGUAUGGUGUUUGUAUUAAAGUCAGACAGUCAUACUUGUGCUUUUACAUGAAGUUUAAAUGAUAUACAUUGUAAAUAUUGAAUAACUACAGUGUUUAAAAAGCAUGCUUCAACAUAGAAGUAGCAGCAAUGUAAUUAUUUGAAGUAACACUUAACACACUCCACUGCAUCGAAUGCAAUGGAUUGAUAAGAAUGUUUAAGACUGACACUUCCAAGGUUGGCUACUAUGUAAAAUUAAAAUUAUACAAAUUAUUAUACAAAAAAAGCCUUAAUUUUAAUUUCAUACAAAUCUUUGAUGCAUUAGUACAUUUUAAAAUGUCAUUGGAAAUCAGAUUUCUUUUUUUUCUUUCUUUACAUCACUUGGUAUGUAAAUACCUUGAUUAAAACCUUGUAAACCUAUUCCAAGGUUCCUGUAAGUUGUAUAGUACAAGUGUUUUUUAAAAAAAAAUAUCUUGGGGUGUUUUUUAAAAUUAGAUAUAUUUUGCCCGAGAAUUUUUUUAACAAGAUUGCUAAAACAUCUUAUUUAGACAGUUUGAUGUACCAAUUUAUAAUUGGAUAUUCAGCUUAAGUAGUACACAGAGUUGUGACUUUUAUUUUUAUUGAAUUUGUUUUCCUCGUGGGUGGUGUGCAUGGGUUGACAAGCCUGAUCAGAGGCUGACUUGUAUGUGUGCAGAGUUUGUCAGUGACCGAUUGGGUAGACGUAGAAGGACUGAAGUUUGCUUCUGAGGUAUUUCCAGGCUACGCGGAUAAAAUCUGCCUCAAAUUUCUAUCCUAACAAGAAUGUAAAAGAUCAAAUCCUAUGUAUUCAAAUUCUGACAGCUAGAGGGUGCAAAUGUUUAGGCAGUGUAUUUGAAAUAUUGCUUUUGAGGCCUGGGCAUCAAAAUGAGAAAACCCUUUACCAGCUAAGUAGCAAGAUGCAAUUAUACUAUUGCACAAAGUACUAUUUUUUAAAUGUUUAAGGUCUUACAAUUAGCUUUAAAAUAAUGAUGGUUUUAUAAAUUGGUGACUACGAUAAUUUUGGUAUUAUUUUUCUUCUUCCCCUAUUUAGGAAAAAACAGUCAAAUGUAUUAAACAUGAAUAUUUGCGGGGUCUGAAAUUCAUCUUUGGGCCAGAUUUGUUACGGCACUUUAGUUUUAACCACAGGAGUCCUCUGUGACCCUCUUCUGUAUAAAAGUUACCCUUAUAUCUUUGUUUAUGGCUAGUGUCCUUGGGGGAUGUUAUGGAAAAGUUACUUUAUAUUUUAUAAGGAGAACACUCAAAUUAUAUCAGUUAUGCCUCCUAGUUUAAAAUUUCUUGAAUAUAUGUGAAACUUGAACAACUAAAGACUUUUUCUUAAUAUAUCAAUAUUCUCAGUUUGCCUUUUUUGGUCUGCCAGUAAAUUAAGCAGCUUAUUGCAGUAGCAGCUAACUAUAGCUGCAGUGUUUUCCUGGUCGUCUGUUCUACGAUUUCAUAAAAUGAUCCAGACUAGUUCCAGCGCCAUAGUAAACCUAUUACUGAAGUGUCCUUCGUCUCAAUCUGAAAGAGAGAAAGAUUUCAUGAUCAGUUAGUGGAAGUUAUUUCAUAUUAAAUGGUUUUUAAAAUACAAAGCUACUUAUCCAAAUGAAAUGCACCAUUUUAAAAUACAACUGUCAAGCUAACACAGACUCGAGUCUAUUUUAUAACAAAGUCAAGUCCGUGCCAUCUUGAUCAGUUUAAGCCUAAGAAUCAUUGCCUUUUCUGUGUUCGUUAAAAACAACAGCAGAGAUUCUUUGGCAUGCAAGACAAUGUUUCUUAUUUCUGAAUUAUUUUGAGAUUUAUUUUGGUGAUGUGUUUCUGACUACCAUUUUCUUUGCUCUAAUAAUCUCUCUGCUAGUAUUUCCCCCGUACCGUUCCCACAUGAUUUUCAUGUCUGCCGGCAGUGAGAGGCUAAAAUGACUGGCCAACGUAAGCCAAAGCUGUAAACCACAGUUGAAGUAAGUCUUUCAAUAAAGACUAGACUAUCUGA